AUGGCGGAUAAAAGAAAGCUACAGGGUAGGAGGCUGGAAUUUAUAUCCAAUCAAUUAACUUGCUAUUUUAAUUGGUAUUUACUGUUCAUGUGAUUAAAAAAAAGAAAUAUGCAUAUCUCUCCUCUCUCCUUCCUUUUCUAAUAAUCCCUUUUUUAGGUAAUAUUUUUGUUCCUGAACUUGGCCUUUUAUUUUUCUUCUUUUGGGCUGCUUUAGAUAGAUAUAGAUAUAGAUAUAGAUAUAUAUAUAUAUAUAUAUAUAUAAAUAUAUGUGUAUGUAUGUAUGUGUACUGGGCCACUGCCGCCUCUCACAUUAUCCGCAAUAUCUGUAGCAACAAUGGCAGAUACCAAUAUUUGCCAAAAAACUGAAUAUCGCUGAUAAUAUCGGCCAAACCGAUAAUCUGUCUAUCCCUACUGCACAGUAUGCAGCACUGCCCCAGGAAGCACCUCUAGCAGCCAUCUGAGGAGUGGCCAGUGGAGGUAUCCCUAGGCUGUAAUGUAAACCCUGCCUUUUCUCUGAAAAGACAGUGUUUACUGCAAAAAGCUUGCGGGAAUUUAUUAUACUCACGAGAACAAAUACAAUAAGCUGUAGCUGUUACAGUGACUAUAGUGUCCCUUUAAAUUUCAAUUUACAGAGCAGCAGAUAAAAACUUUUAAAGGGACACUAUAGUCACCAGAACAACUACACCUUAAUGUAGUGGAGAGCUGGAAAUAAGGUGAGUUUUAAACCAUUCUGAGGGGCUAAGGAGGGGGGCAAGUCACCUAAAUGGAAUACAUGUUUCUGUUCCUGACCCUCUAGUGAUCCUUGAAGGUCAUUUACAUCUAAUUGAAAAUGAAACCAUUUUGUUUUCAUGCAGACUCUGUCAGUCACCGCCUGGGGAGGUUUGGCUAGGGCUGCAUACACCGGGAAAAAAAGUGAUUUAAAGGGACACUAUAGUCACCUGAGCAACUUUAGCUUAAUGAAGCAGUUUUUUUGUAUAGAACAUGCCCCUGCAGCCUCACCGCUCAAUCCUCUGCCAUUUAGGAGUUAAAUCCCUUUGUUUAUGAACCCUAGUCACACCUCCCUCCAUGUGACUUGCACAGCCUUCCAUAAACACUUCCUGUAAAGAGAGCCCUAUUUAGGCUUUCUUUAUUGCAAGUUCUGUUUAAUAAGGAUUUUCUUAUCCCCUGCUAUGUUAAUAGCUUGUUAGACCCUGCAAGAGCCUCCUGUAUGUGAUUAAAGUUCAAUUUAGAGAUUGAGAUGCAAUUAUUUAAGGUAAAUUACAUCUGUUUGAAAGUGAAACCAGUUUCUUUUUUUUCAUGCAGGCUCUGUCAAUCAUAGCCAGGGGAGGUGUGGCUAAGGCUGCAUAAUCAGAAACAAAGUGAUUUAACUCCUAAAUGACAGUGAAUUAAGCAGUGAAAUUGCAGGGGAAUGAUCUAUACACUAAAACUGCUUUAUUUAGCUAAAGUAAUUUAGGUGACUAUAGUGUUCCUUUAACUCCUAAAUGGCAGUGAAUUGAGCAGUGAAAUUUCAGUGGCAUGAUCUAUGCACAAUAAUUGCUUCAUUAAGAUCAAGUUGUUUUGGUGACUAUUGUGUCCCUUUAAGGCCAGAGCAGCAGAAUGGAAAGCAUAACUGACUUAGAAGUUAUUUCUAAUUCAGCUAUUUUUAUUUUGUAUUUGAGAUUCACUUGGAUUUCUAACUUUAGGGAAUAACCAUGAUGUUGCAGAGUAGAUUAAUUAUAUUCUACACUUUAUUUAAAAAAAAAAAAAAAAAGACCGCUCUGGGUAAGUCCUGUUAGAUUAAUGGGACUUCUAGGAUUCUCCCACAUUAAAUAUUUAAGCCUGUAUGUGGAAAGAGAAUGAUGUAUCUUAAAGUAGGAUAUUCCCAAGAACCCAAAUUAACCUGGAAAGAAAUGCACAAUACAGUCUUUUAACCUUGCCCCUCAUGCCCCGAAAGCAUAAUCUGUUGGGUGCACCUAUUCUUUUUCUUUCUGCUUCUUAUUGGUUGGUCAAUUGUUUGAAUAUAACAAUUCCCUCAUAGAAGACUUGUGGACUUCAUUGGGUUUGUUUUUAAUCCUGCUCCUCCCACACAUGGUGUGAAGGUAAAGGCAGGGGCUUAUCGUAACUUUUUAGUGACUGCUUUUUUUUAAUCACUAUGCGUGCUGACCGCUUAUGAGGAUAAAGGACCUAUUUACAUUUUCAAGAAAUAAUUCCUAAGCUACUCUACUCAUGUUCAGGGAGCGCAUGGGACAAAUUUAAAUUGGAACAAAUUCUUACCAUCCAAAGUUUGGAUUAUAGUAAAUACAUAGUUCAUAAAGAUUUAGCAGAUAUACUGUCAGAAAUACAGCUUUUCGUACACAUUCCUCCAAGUGAUGUCAUAUGGUUUAUACUCAUGGUCACUUUUAAAAGCUUAUAUCUGCUCACUUUUUUCAACUGCCCAGUAUUGCAAGCUCUGGAUGGGUGCAUCAUUUUUAACUCACUCAAUUUUAUUCAGUCUGCUGCAAGGAUUACUGAAAAACCAUAUGUAAUAUAUUUCUUGGAACACAUGGCUUAAGAUUUAUUCCAAGCACCAUGACUACUUUUCAUGGUGCCUGGAAUCUGUAUGUGCAGCGUUUACCUAUGAAACACUGCACCCCUUUUGACCCCUUUAUUGUCGGAGGUGUAACUUCAUCUUCAGCAGCGUUACUGGACUGACUUGCAUCAAUUCUGUGCAAAUCUGGUGGCUGGAACAAGCACACACAACAGAGAGAUUCUCUUUGCCAGUGAGGGGAGAUAAAAUGGUGUCCUUGACUGCUCUCAAAGGGUUGUAAGAGAACUGGCCUACUGCAUGCAAUAGAAGCACAGACUGCUUUCUCAGUUCUUAAUUGUAUGAGAGGGAGCUGCUAAUUGUGCAGCUAAUGAAUAUUUUGCCUGACAUGGAUAUCUGUAGCCAAAAUAGUGAAGCCCUGACAUAUGCAACUAUUUGGAUAUCAUCUAUGUGUACUUUGCAGUUUCUGACCCCUCGGCAGCACAUUAAAAUCCGUUUUGAUUAAAAAAUAAUUCAAAAUAUUUGUCUGACACCCAGAACCAUACAGUUGCAUGAAAAAGUAUGUGAGCCCUUUGGAAUGAUAUGAAUUUCUGCACAAAUUGGUCAUAAAAUGUUAUCUGAUCAUCUAAGUCACAACAAUAUACAAUCACAGUCUGCUUAAACUAAUAACACACACAGAAUGAAAUGUUGCCAUGUUUUUAUUGACCACACCAUGUAAACAUUCACAGUGCAGGUGGAAAAAGUAUGUGAACCCCUAGACUAAUGACUUCUCCAAGAGCUAAUUGGAGUGAGAUGUCAGCCAACUGGAGUCCAAUCAAUGAGAUGAAAUUGGAGGUGUUGGUUACAGCUGCCCUGCCCUAUAAAAAACACACACCAGUUCUGGGUUUGCUUUUCACAAGAAGCAUUGCCUGAUGUGAAUGUUGACUUGCAUAAAGCUGGAAAGGGUUAUAAAAGUAUCUCCAAAAGCCUUGCUGUUCAUCAGUCCACGGUAAGACAAAUUGUCUAUAAAUGGAGAAAGUUCAGCACUGCUGCUACUCUCCCUAGGAGUGGCCAUCCUGUAAAGAUAACUGCAAGAGCACAGCGCAGACUACUCAAUGAGGUGAAGAAGAAUCCUAGAGUGUCAGCUAAAGACUGAGAAAAGUCACUGGCAAAUGCUAACAUCCCUGUUAGCGAAUCUACAAUACGUAAAACACUAAACAAGAAUGGAUUUCAUGGGAGGAUACCACAGAGGAAGCCACUGCUGUCCAAACAAAACAUUGCUGCACUUUUACAGUUUGCACAAAAGCACCUGGAUGUUCCACAGCAGUACUGGCAAAAUAUUAUGUGGACAGAUGAAACCAAAGUUGAGUUGUUUGGAAGAAACACACAACACUGUGUGGCGAAAAAAAGGCACAGCACACCAACAUCAAAACCUCAUCCCAACUGUGAAGUAUGGUGGUGGGGGCAUCAUGGUUUGGGGCUGCUUUGCUGCGUCAGGGCCUGGACGGAUUGCUGUCAUCGAAGGAAAAAUGAAUUCCCAAGUUUAUCAAGACAUUUUGCAGGAGAACUUAAGGCCAUCUGUCUACCAGCUGAAGCUCAACAGAAGAUGGGUGUUGCAACAGGACAAUGACCCAAAGCAUAGAAGUAAAUCAACAGAAUGCCUUAAACAGAAGAAAAUACACCUUCUGAAGUGGCCCAGUCAGAGUCCUGACCUCAACCCGAUUGAGAUGCUGUGGCAUGACCUCAAGAAAGCGAUUCACACCAGACAUCCCAAGAGUAUUGCUGAACUGAAACCGUUCUGUAAAAAGGAAUGGUCAAGAAUUACUCCUGACCAUUGUGCACGUCUGAUCUGCAACUACAGGAAACCUUUGGUUGAAGUUAUUGCUGCCAAAGGAGGUUCAACCAGUUAUUAAAUCCAAGGGUUUACAUACUUUUUCCACCUGCACUGUGAAUGUUUACAUGGUGUGUUCAAUAAAACAUGGCAACAUUUCAUUCUUUGUGUGUUAUUAGUUUAAGCAGACUGUGAUUGUCUAUUGUUGUGACUUAGAUGAUGAUCAGAUCACAUUUUAUGACUAGUGAUGUCCCGAACGGUUCGCCGCGGACUCAUCAUUGAGUAAACUUUGACCCUGUACCUCACAGUCAGCAGACACAUUCCAGCCAAUCAGCAGCAGACCCUCCCUCCCACCUCCUGGACAGCAUCCAUUGUGAAGCUGCAUUCUUAGUGAGCUGUCCAGGAGGUGGGAGGGUCUGCUGACUGUGAGGUACAGGGUCAAAGUUUACUCAAUGAUGAGUCCGCGGCGAACCGUUCGGUGAACAGUUCGGGACAUCACUAUUUAUGACCAAUUUGUGCAGAAAUCCAUAUCAUUCAAAAGGGCUCACAUACUUUUUCUUGCAACUGUGUGUAUGUAUGUAUGUAUGUAUUUGUGUGUGUAUGUAUAUAUGUGUGUGUGUGUGUGUGUGUGUGUGUGUAUAUGUGUAUGUAUAUAUAUAUAUAAUUAAUAUAAUAUAAUUUUCUCACCGCUCUGAAUGUUUGCAUACAAGUUUGGUAAAUGCAGUGCUGAGAACUGUAGUGAAAUAAUGGCAGUGCUAAAAGGUUGUUCGGGGUGUCAGACAAAUAUUUUUCAUUACUUUUUAAUCAAAAGGAUUUUUUUUUUUUUAUAUAGUUUUCAACAAUCAGAACAAUAAUUAAGGCAGCACUGUCACUUGUGGGAUCUUUGUGCAUUUUUUUUUUUUUGCAAUGACCUGCCCAUUUUCAUAGUGGUGACUGGGAUAGAUAGGGUGAUAAAUUUAUUUUAAACUGUGCCUCCUCUGCAUUAUCUUCUUGCCUUUAUACUAAUUCCUGACAAGCCUAUCUACCAGAGGCCGUUGUCUCUCUAUUGUACUUUUGCACCAGAGUACAAAAUGGAGUUUCUGGAGGGUCUUAUAGGAUCUUUCCUAGAUAAUAUCGUGCAUGCACAAUAUGAUGUCAAUGCAUCUGUUGUACAAGGUAAUUAACCAUUGCCACCAACUGCUGAUAGGAAAUUGAAUCUUAACCUUUAGCCACAGAUGGCCAAUUACAUGAGACAAAGUAUUCACUACUCUGUCUCUUGUAUAUUUUUUAAUUGCGCUUGAAUUUCAAAUACAUUUUGGCUUUAUUUUUUUAAAUGUUUAAAAAGUGACAGACACCUUAAAUAGAAUGUGUUUUGAACCUAAACCUUGAUUCCCAUGCUCCUUUCAUUUAAUAUAUAUUCUUUAUGCCCCCAGACAACAUUGCUUUCUGCGAAAGUUGUCUUCCCAAGGGAAGUUGAAUUGAGAGGCUUUUACUCUGAGCAAAGUGUGAAGUCCUUUGGUAAAAUGUAUUUUAUUAUAACGUUAGAGAUGACGUUUAUUUUACAAUUGAAGAAUGGUUUGCAAAGCUAAGCCCAUGUACAAAACCUGAAAAUAGUGUAUUGUGCAAUAGGAGCUAUAACAUGCUUCUGAGUGUAUUUUCAUAGGUACCAUCUUACUGUACCAUAUUUUCUCUCAUUAUUGAAGCAGAAUUCAAAGAAAAGGUGAUGUGCAAUUUAAUCUCACUUUACUUUAAUCUUUCAGGUGAAAUUGACCGGUGUUUGAAAAAGGUCUCAGAAGGUGUGGAGCAGUUUGAAGACAUCUGGCAAAAGGUAAGAUGAAGAUGAACUGGCCACAACACACACAGUGGCCUCACCCCAGGUAACUCUUGCAGCAUCUAACUAUUCGUGUGUGCAGGUGCCUGGGCAGAGCAAAAAAACAAGGUGCAAGAGAAUACUGAGAACGAUCAACCACUCAAAUAGUAUGCCCUUCGGUGGGUAUGGGCACACAGUUUGCAUCCAUAUGGAAGGUUUAAUCACAGAUUGGUAACAGCAACAAUUCAGCUUUAUUGUGAGCCUUUCUAAAAUUUAAGAAAGACUGUUACCUGUCAGUGUAUAAGCUUUCUAUGUGAUUGCAGUCCUGUGUUUGUUUGUUUUUUUUGUUUUUUUUGGGAUGAUUGUGGGUUAGCCACUGGAUUUCAUACAAAUGAGGGUGAGUGCCAUCUCCACUUUGUGACAUACUGUGUGUUGGUGCACGUUCAAUCUAUUUUUGUAGUUUUUACUGCUAACGUAGCAGGAAAGGCUAAAGAAAUCCGAAAAACAAAACAUAAAAAUAACUCUUGAGCUAUACACUUGCAACUGGGACUAACAUGGGUGAUGAUACAGGAAGAAUCAAAAUAGCAAUAAAUGGGUGGCUGGCUUCAGGCACUGGUACAGCACGACACUUACAUCCGUGCAGAAAGUUUUCUACAGGCAAAAUUAUAUUAAUAGGAUUCAUUCCCACAUGUGCACACACAACAAUCUUUGACAAUUAGAGUAGAUCCUGUUGUGGUUUUUGGUUGCUGGCUGCUUAUAUAUUGUUCUAAUUGAAACUGUCACUAAAUGGAUUAGGUAGACCGUUUUGAUCUAGUAGUAUCACUUCUUGGCAUUAUUAAUUUCCAAUUUUCAUGUGGAAGUGAGAUUUAUAUUCUCCACUGGGUUAUAAUAUUCUAUAUUUAAAACAAAACAAAAACAUUGAUGCCUGUCUCUGAUGUAACAAGCAUUGUUGUAUUUAAACUGUGUAUGUUUUAAAUAAUCUUGGGCAUGGAUUUAUGUUUAUAAUUAUCUGAAAUAUGUUUGUUUUUAAUAAUUUGCUGAUUAGUCUUUGCUGUUCAUUUUUACAGCUUCACAAUGCAGCAAAUGCCAACCAGAAAGAGAAAUAUGAAGCAGACCUAAAGAAGGAAAUUAAAAAGCUACAGGUUUUUAUCAGUCAUUUUCUUUUUAAAGAUGCUGUUCCACCUAGACAAUAAAGUGCUAGUAAAAGUCAGUAAUGCCUUAAUUUAGAUGGUGUCUAUAUAGAAAAAGCAGAAUGCCUGUAGUGUAUGCAAUCUGUGGAGGACCAGCAAAUUGGAUAUCAAACAUGCAUACAGAUUGGCAUUUUGAUGUUUUCAGCUAGUCAGAAUAAGAGCUAAAAUUCAAACUUGAUUCCAAAACCAGAUUUUAAUGGUGAAAUUCCAACUGAAACCUAAUCUAAAAAGAGAUUUCCAAGCACUUUAUUCUAGUGGCUGUAGGCUGAUUGUUCAUAUAAAAAAACACCACCUACAUCACCCAGUUGUCCACUACUUCCAAGAGAAAAUGGCGACCUUUCCAGCAAGUGCCCAGCCUGACCAUUUCAUACAGGGAUCUCUAGAGCCGUUGUGUGUGUUUUUUUUUUUGAGAGAGCAUAUUCUAUUUGCAAAAUCAGUGCUUCAAGCAAAAACAACUAAAAUAAAUUCUACUUUCACAGCUGUGCAACACCCAUAAUCCUCUGCAGUGUAUAGUUCCCUCUUAUGGUAAUUUUAUCUUUAUGAAACACUCCCUUUUGGGGUUGGCCGUUCCGCUUUAAAUGAACCUGGGAUAUCACAGCAGGCUAGAUAAUGAUAAAUGAUGCGUACUGUAAUCAAAUAUAUUCUUCAGAAUUCGAGUUUGAUUGUAAAAGGUGUCCUGUUUAGUAGAGAAGGUGGAAUGACACCUCAAGUAUACAAAUAAAAAUUGACCUACACAAUUCUCAGGGUAAUAAGAAUAAUGCUUUUUAAAUAAAUUAAAAUAUAUAUUUUUUUAUUUUAUUUUUUGCUUGUUUAAAAUAUGAUAUUAACACUGUCUCUGUUUGAAUAUUUUAGAUAUAUUCUCGAUCAAUGGAAAAAUAAGGAAUGUUAUUAAAGAUGAUUUUAAUUUUGUAUUUAUUUUUUGUGCAGAGAUUGCGGGACCAAAUAAAGACAUGGGUAGCAUCAAAUGAGAUCAAAGACAAAAGGCAGCUUAUUGAUAACCGGAAACUUAUAGAAACUGUAAGGAAUAAAACAAAAUCUUUUCAGUACCAUUUCAUUUAAAAUUCUAUGAUUUUUAGUGUUUUGACUGAUGGUUCAAUCAAAACGCCAUGUUUCCUUCUUUAGUCACGUGGAUGACCAUGGGUUUAUUCACCAAACUGAGCUGUGACACACUGACAACAUUUAUGGCAAAGUAGGGAAGCUGGAAAGGAUUUGCAGUUCCAUAGUUGGCAUUUUUUUCCCCCAUCUCUUAUUUUGUCCUAAAUUUUGCAGCUCCUAUAUAAUAGUUUACGAAAAUGAUCUUUGCAUUAAAGGGAAGGGAGAACACGUAUUGACUGUUGUGAAUAGAGCCCAGCAGUAUUGUAUACGGCUUAUAUAAUGAGUGGAAUGCCUGCAGAAUGUUAGAAGGUACUGUUGUAGGUUUGAGAAUGUUUAAAAUGCAGCACAAAUAAAUGUUCUUUUUGCUUCUAGCAAAUGGAAAGGUUUAAAGUGGUAGAGCGAGAGACAAAGACAAAAGCAUACUCUAAGGAAGGGCUCGGUCUUGCCCAAAAGGUGGACCCAGCACAGAAAGAAAAAGAAGAGGUCGGCCAGUGGCUAACGGUAAGAAUUGAAGAGGAGCUUUCAUUGUUAUUUACGGUGUUUAAAGUGUGCUGCAGAGGCCUCUUUUCCAAAACUCUUGUAGUGGAUACUGGAACUAUGCAAGUGUGUUUCCAUCUGUUUCUACUUACAAGUUUACCAUCACAAUGCGGUAUGCCAGGAACAGAGGAAGCACCAGCUCAAAAUAGUCCCAAACCGGUCCUGCCAAUACUCGUGCUGCGCACAGAGGCUGGUGUUUAAUUAGACGAGUUAGAUAUUCCCCAACAGCUGCCAAACUUGCCACAUUGGAUAGCUUCUUCACCUCUGGCGUGACAGGUGGGUUCAUUGCCCCAUUCCAAGCUCUCCCUGGUGAUGUCUGGCUCAGUGACAUUGUCUUCUGAGGACUCGCAAGUUAUUGUCCUAGGAGGUUGAGAAGGACGAGAUGGUGGGUGAGGCCAACCUCACACUGACCUUGGCUGUUAUUCUAUGCAAUGGGAAGGGCUCAGCUUUCCGCCUGCCUGUCAAUAUUUGUCUAUACAGGGACAAUUGAAGUUCAGGGUGUUUAGGAUACAGUGAGUAAUAACCAAACCAAACAAUGUAGGCAAUUGGCAAAAUAUAUAGCAAAUUGAGUCAAUUACCUCUAUUUAUACUAGGUUGUACUUGCAUCCCUCCAAAGUUCCAAAUUGUAACGGAUGUAGGAGGUAUACUGAAGAUGGUAUCCAGAACACCACACCGGUGCUUGGUGACAUAUCUUUUUGUUCAAUGUUGGCCCUAAUAGAGGGAUGAUACGGCAGCUAGAGCAGUGGUGAAACAAUGUAGGUUUUGUGCCGUUAUUGGAUACCUUGUAUAAAAGAAUUUGUGUUGGAAUGUGUGCGUCCGUGUCCUCUCUGUGUAACUGUUAUUCGUGUGUUUUAAUUUUGUGACUUUUAUACUUCAUAUUAAUAGUUCAUACACAAUCCCAUUGUCAUAUUUAUUUAAAAUAUUCUUUGCUAAAUUUAAGCAAGCUUGUUCUUCAAUAUUGGAUUAACUUGGAUAUCUGUGUUUACAUGUUUCAUUUGGAAUUUAAAUCAAAAUAAAUUACUUUCUUAAAGGAUGGGGUACUUAGGAUUUAUUUUUUAGAUCUGAUGGGGUACUGCUCUGUAAAAUGUUGAGAAUCACUGCUGUAACAGAUUGGGUGAAUAAUUGAUUAUCAUUUCUUUAGGUUAUUCUUGUGCAUUGAUAAAGGACUGCCUCAUAUUUAUUUACUAAAACAUUGUAUUUGUCUGUUCCACACAGAACACAAUUGAUGCAUUGAACAUGGGAGUGGAUCAGUUUGAAAGUGAGGUUGAAUCUUUGUCCGUACAAACCAGGAAGAAGAAAGGAGAUAAGGAUGUGAGUUGAAUCUGCUUAUGUUCUGGUAUUCAUAACCAGUUCUGGUCAUUUGUUUGUGUAGACUCUCAGUCCUUUUGUCCUUAAAAUGUACUUUUAUUACUGUAACAAAAGGGCUGCAUGUGAGAGUUGCGACUUCUGCUAAAAAAAUCCAUAUAAACAUAAUUUUAAUGUUUCCGUCUUGUAAACAGUUUGAUUUUGUAUAAAUAGCAUAUUUGCAAAGUAAACUUAUAGAGAAAACACUGGGAUUUACCUCCAUUGUAUGCAUUUUCUUCUUUGCGGCACCCUUUAUGCCGGUGUCAGCAGAAGCAGGACAGGAUAGAGGGGCUGAAGCGGCACAUAGAGAAGCAUAGGUUCCACAUACGAAUGCUUGAGACCAUACUGCGAAUGUUGGACAACGAUUCGAUCAAUGUGGAUUCAAUCCGGAAGAUUAAAGAUGAUGUAGAGUAUUAUGUGGACUCUUCCCAAGACCCAGACUUUGAAGAGAAUGAGUUCCUGUAUGAUGACCUUGAUUUAGAAGACAUUCGUAAGUAGCUUUAAAAAAAUAUAUAUAUAUAUAAUCUCUAUCUUAUAAGUUUUGAAUACUAUUUACAGGCAGAACUGAAAAGAGAGUUUAAAAAAAUAAAAAUGUUGUGUGUGUAUGUCUAUGUGUGGUGUGUCAAGCUACAGGAAGUCUACUUUCGGCAACACCACUUUUCCAGGAAUUUAUUUCCUUGAUGAUGGCUUGCCUUCAUGUUGGAAUUAAAUUCAGUCAUUAACGGAUCAUUUGCUGAGUCUUCAUGUUUGCUGUCUGUUAGCAAGUUUAGGGUCAGGAGUUCUUUCUUAUGCGUCUGAUAAGAUUGUGAGAGCCAUUUCACACUACAAGAUCCAGCACACUCAUUCAUUCACUAAAUAGCAAUUUCAUAUCACAGAAUAUAAUUUUUUUUUAUUUUUAUUUUAAAUUUUUUUUAUAAAGACGGCUAACCUAGGCAAAGAUAAUGGGGGUUUGGUUAGUCAAUGAUCACACAUUGCAUAAGCCUGUCACAAUGCCAAUGUGUACCCUAUUUUUUGGCUUGUCUUAUCCUAGCAACCUAAUGCCUGGUCCUUUUAAUAUUGACUCACUCACGUGGGAAAUACUUCCUCUCUGCAGUGCAAGGUUACAUAGGGCCCUAUUGGGUACAUUGAUGUUGUGGCAGGCUUAUUCAAUGUAUGAUCAUAUACUGUAACUAAACACCCAGUCGUUUUACCUAGGUUUUAAAAAACAUACAUUUGUGACUGAGUGUGCUGGAUCUUGUAUGUUGUAUGAAUUGACCCCAGCAAUUCAUAUAUGCAUGUUCAGCCCUCUUUGUUUUAAUAGGUAUUAAAAACCAAGUGUGUGACUUUCACACAUUUUGAAAGUCCCAUGAGUGUGCCAAUCGUUAUUUUUGUAUAUAUAUUACGCAAUUGCAUUAACAUCAAACGGUAGAGAGCAGUAUUCAUGGGGGAGGGGGGUAUGUGUAUGUGUGUGUGUAUAUAUGUGUGUGUGUGUGUGUGUGUAUAUAUAUAUAUAUAUAUAUAUAUAUAUAUAUAUAUACACACACACACAAAGUUUGAAGUCCUAUGAUACUAGUUAUACCUUAAGUUACACAAAACCUUAGGCCAUACAAUACUUAAUGUGUGUGUGUGUGUGUAUAAUUCUGGAAUGAUUUGCCUCUUAAGAGUACAUAGAUAAUAUUUUUUUUACUGGUUUUAAACUUGUUUUAGGUUUAUGACAACUUUUAACUGUGAUACAAUGAGAAAAUAAACUACUUCUGUAAGAGUACCACAUUAAUACUUAUCCUAUAUUUGCAUUGGGGACCUGAUGAGCAAGCGCGCUCAUCAAUUGCUUCUCAUAGGAAAUCAUUGAAUUUAGUGAUUACUUGUGAGCAUCAAUGUCACGUGACCCGAUUUACUCUGUCAUGAAAGACCGCCACCAGAGGUGUGUUUUACUGCAAUGUAAACAUUGUAGUUUCUACAAAACUGCAGUAAAACAUUGCACGGUGAAAAUGACCAGAGCCACUGCACUGAGACCACUUCAUUGAGAUUUUUACCACUGUUCCUUGAACACUUCAGUCACAAAACGUACAUUGUAUUUGAUAAAAUGUUAUGCAAAAAAUCUCAUUUUAUUUUUUCAUACCUUGGAUUCCACCCUUUAUCAUAUAGAAAUAGCAUGCCUCAUUCAUAUAAAAAAAAGUGCAUGAAUGUGGAGCAGGAUUUAGAGAGCUAUCAACACUACUUGUCAUCAAAUGUAACCUUGAAAAAGUAACUGCGUUUUCUUAACCAUUUUGUUCUUUCUCUUUUUCAGCACAGGCGCUGGUAGCUACUUCCCCACCAGGCCACAGUCACAUGGAGGAUGAGAUCUUUAACCAGUCUAGCAGCACUCCCACCUCCACUACAUCAAGUUCCCCAAUUCCACCCAGUCCGGCCAACUGUACGACUGUAAGUGACUGUUAACGAAAAUCUGGCCUGCAUCGACUUUGAAUGCAUUAACAAAUUACUUCUAUUUGUUGAGCGAAUAAACAUUAAAGUAUGACCAUUUAAAAUAUCAAUACAUACAUUAAAUUAUUUCAGGAAAACUCAGAAGAUGAUAAAAAGAUUCGAGGCAGAUCGACAGACAGUGAAAUUAGCCAGGUGGGUUUUGUAAGCAUUUAUUUUUCUUUUGUUUUUUGUUCUUGCUAGAUGGGUAGAUGCUUCUUUAUGUGUUUAAUGCUUUGAAAUUAUUGAAGUGUAGACAAAAUUUGAAAUUUGCAGUCUCCUGUUUUGUGUAAUUUCCAGUAGCCAGUUUUUAGGAAAUAGAAAUUGGCAGGAUAUAUACAUUUGGGCAGAUGGGAAAUUGUUUAAAUGCUACACUUUCCAUGAAAAUCAGAACAAUGAAGAGUAUCAUAACCAUCCAAUGAGCAUUUACAUAAUGACUUGGUAGUAUAGGUUGAAAAACAGAUUCUUGUUCAACCAUUCACACAUCUCUGUUUCUGCAGUUAAUCCCAAAGAAAAUUAAAAUCCCAUUUUGAAGUGACUUUUAAUUUUACCACAAAAUGGAGGGGGCUGAUUCUUCUUGAUUCCAAAAUGUCCGAUCUCUUUGGAUCAACUAAAUGUUACCUUACAUGUUAACUAUUAUAUCGUUGAAUACUCCCUUGUUUUUUUUGUUUUUGGUUUUUUUUUUUGUUACCCCAUGAAGCAUCUAGAGCAGCGGUUCACAAAAUGUGUUCCAGGACGCCGCCCCAGGCACACAGGGGCAAUGUAAAAUGUUUCCCUGGUGCUAUGAUUAUAGCACUGGGAACUGUACCUCGCUGUCCUUUGCAGGACCGGAGGGGAGAUCAGAGAUCUCCCUCACCGGCCCGCUAGCACUGAAAUGCGGCAGGGGAGGGAGAGAGGACCCGGGAGAGAUCUAACCUGCAGUUUCGACGAGUUCUCCUCUUGCGAACUCGGAGGGUUGCUGCAGUUACCAUGGCAACGCUGCGAAUCUCGCUAGAGUGGACUAGCCUCAGGAGCUGCUAGAGUGAACUCUCACCACUUGGAUCACCAGGGCUUCUCCACCGUAGCACCAGGGUUUAGUACUGUCCCCCAUCCCAGGCAAAGGUAAGGGAGGGGGGGAUAUGAAAGUUAUUAUUUUUGUUUAAAAAUGCCCUCUUAUCCCCACAAUAACUCCUCCAUACACACAGAUACUGCACCCCUCAAACACACUGCCCCUCCCCCCCCCCCUCCCAUCUCAUUUCUUUUUAAAUGUGUGAUAUAAUUAUUAUUAAUUACCAGAAUAAUUAGUAAAAUUACCAGGGAACUGUUUUUGUCUCUUUAUUUCACAGUAGCCAUAAUAUCAUAUUGACACUAAGCCCCCUCCCCUCUUCUCUUCUAAAACAAACCAGCUCAAGUAUCCUAGCUUUUCAUCAUGACUAAAAUCUCAAUCCACCUUGUUAAUUUUGUAGCCCAUCUGCAUUUCUUUUGUACUUCCAUAAUAAAAUGGAUUUAUCGGUAGCAUAGACCUUAUUUUCUUCCAUAACAGGAUUUGAACGCUUGUACUAGAUUUAAAUAACUGAAACCUAAACCACAUCCAGUUUAUGGGUAUCGUGUGCUUUUUAUGCAACAUCUCUCAUUUUCCUCUUUCUUCCUAUUAUUACAUUCUUGAAAUGUUGACAUGUCACUUAGCUCAUGUAGUUUAACAUAAACCUACGCAAAGCAAACCAUGGGCAGUAAAUAACUGCAACUAGAAAAGUACAACUCUGUGCAUACUUGCAGAAAAACUACAACUGUACACUCAAAACUUAGUUUAAUUAUAUUUAGCUAGUUUGUUUCUCAUUCAUGUUAAAUUCACGUAAAUUUUUUUUAAAAUUAUUUUAGUCACCAGCAAAGAACGGUUCUAAAAGCAUCCUUAAUAACCAUCAUACGCAGUCUCCUGCAGUAACUACUAGUUACCAGAUAGGAAGCAGUUCAAGCACGUCCUCUUCUCUUGGAAACGGGCCGGGUACGAAUAGCAAUGGAUCAGUAUCUAACAGCAGCAGUACGAGCAGCAACAAUAGCAAAAAUAACCCAUCUACUGUGCAUACCUCUGGUACACCGACACCUUACGCACAGGCUGUGGCUCCUCCACCAUCUAGUACAAACACUUCCCAGCCAAGGCCACCAAGUGCCCAGCAGAAUGCGAGCAAGCAGAAUGGAGCAUCAAGUAAGUUUAAGUCAUUUCAUUGCUGCAUGUGCAGAAAAUGUAUAUUUCUUUUUAUUUGAAUACAGAUAUUUCUUUCUGCAGCCAAUGUGUCUUUCCAUACCUAUUGACUAAAAAAUAUUUUUUUUCCAUUUUGAUGUUGAUUCAGUGUAUUAGUAUAUUCACAAAUUGCCAUUUAGAUCAUUUAUUUUGCUUUUCAUUUUUUUUUUUUUUUUUGAAUUUGAAUGCAGGACACCUAAGCUGAUAUUGCAUAUAAUGCGUUACAUUUGGGGACUGUUGGCUAAAAAUGUUGAUAAAUAUGUGAAUUCCAAUACUCUCAUUGCAAUCUGGUGCUUUAUCAAGUCGACUGAAUUGUACUUUAGGGGGAUUUUUUCCCCUGGUAUGCACAGCAGAGGCCCAAAACCUCCACAACUUAUUGUGCAGAAACAUCGCUUAUAAAGAUCCAAAGCCAGAAUGGCUCUGUGUUUUGUUGUCCUACCUCUUUUGAUAUCUACAUUUAACCUCUACAGCUGUCACAAUGUUGACUAUUAAAACUGACUAAACAAAUCUGGACUAAGAAUUUGAUAGUGGGAAUGCAGCAUUUAUUUUUAGUUAUCGGCAAGUUCCCUUUCUAGGAUGACUGCUAUACCUUUAAGCUUCACUUGUGUAGCUGUAAAGUGCAAUGAUAAUGUGCCCCAUGAUGCAGAAUGGAUUAUAAACCUCUUCUGUCCCUUACCUGAUACCAUUGGGACAUCGGCGCUGGCUCAGACUCUGCUGACUUAAGCUGGCAAGACCUAAUGUGCAUGCACGGUGAUGGCCGUGCUCGCAUUAUGACUUAUCCCAAAGGAAAGCAUUGUACAAUGCUUUAUAUAUUUUUCAGACAUUCAGUUCUUGUAGCCUGCUGUUUUUGUUUUAAUAAUGGACCCUUAAAAAUUGCAUUUUUAUGAUCAUUGGAAUAAACUAGUAUUGUGACUGUACUAUGGAGAAGGCGAAAUAGUUGGCAUGGGAUUGCUAUAUCCACGAUGUGUCCCUGGACAUGUAUUACUACACGCUAAAAGGCAUCUCUUGACAAAUGCUGCCAUAUUGUAUGUAGCAUUAAAUGACAAUUGUCACCCCAAAACUAUAUUUUAAUAUAAUGAUCCUUUCAUCAAGUUUUUGUGUUUAAUGAACCAUAUGUAAAAAGAAAAACUCAUACCUUCCUUUAAAUAUGUGACCGGAUCCUUCAGUCAUAUAAUGCACCUUGGGUCAGACAGUGUUUGAAAAUCGACAGUCUCUUUAGUCUUCCCUAGUUCUGUGCAGAGAAAACUACAGAGAUUAUUUGUCUGUUUUAAAACCCUGUCUGACCCAAGGUGCAUUAUAUGACUGAAGGACCCUGCCACAUACUAAAGGUAGGAAUACAUUUUUCUCACUUUCUAACGUAUUUUCUUCAGUUAUUCUUUAUUUUUUAUUUUUUUAAUGUAAUGAAACUAUUAUUAUAUUAAAUAGUUUUGAGGGGACAGUUGUCCUUUAAUAUUUCUUAGAAAUAAUCAAGGAUGUCCAUGUGAGUUUUGUCUUGAAAUGUUUACUCUCCGUACCAAAGCAACUUUAGCUUAAAGGGACACUAUAGUCACCAGAACAACUACAGCUUGUAUUUAUUCUGGUGAGUAGAACCAUUCCCUUCAGGCUUUUUGCUGUAAACAGUAUCUUUUUAGAGAAAAUGCAGUGCUUACCUUACAGCCUAGUGAUAACUCCAGUGGUGACUCCUUCUUCAAUGGCUGCUAGAGGUGCUUCCUGGGACAGUGCUGCACUGCUUUUCAGUGUCUUCUCCCUCUGCAUGGAGACACUGAACUUUCCUCAUAGAGAUGCAUUGGUUUAAUGCAUUUCUUUGAGGAGAUGUUGAUUGGCCAGGGCUGUGUUUGGCUUCUGCUGGCUCUGCCCAUGAUCUGCCUCCUUUACUGUCUCAGCCUAAUGAAGCAGCCACCAGAGGCACUUUUUGUUCUUUCAUGAAGUCACAUGUACAUGAGGACAUCCAGCGUCUUCAAAAUCCCCAUAGGAAAGGAUUAAUAAGAUUGCUCGCUAUGCAUGUGCAUUAGGUAGCCAUCCAAAGAGGCAGAGAGCAAGCCAGGAAUGUUGAGUGAAAUGAAGGGUUAUUUAAUCCUUUGAGUGUUGCAUGGGGGCGUCCGAGGGAGGGUGGGCAGAGGAAAAUUUUUGUGUUAGGAAUAGAAUGCUGUAUUCCUAACCCUAAAAUGUUCCUUUACAAAUUGAGGGUAAUCCAGGCACACUAAAACAUUUUUAUUUAAUGCAAUGGUUAUAAUGUCUGUGUCACUGAGAUCUUCAGUCAGCCUGUGUAUCUUCAUCAAUCUCCCCCAUUGUCCAGCAGGACACCUUCAGUGAUUAUAGCACCUCACCCAAACAUUAGCGGAGACUACAUGAGUGUAGAAAAAAGUAUUUACUUUUUCAACCAAUUCACCCAUAUUUAUACACCGCCUGCACCCUGUCUUUGGACUACAUUCUUUCGCUGGAGAGAGUGGCUGCAUAUCUCCUUUCCCUGGAGCUGCUUCUGCUGCUGGGGAGACGUGCCACCUGCAUUUUAUCCCUGGAGCACAACCUGACACUGGGGUAAAAAAGGGUAACUACCUCCUCUCUGGAGUCCCAUCUGCUGGGCUGGCUAUUUAGAAUAGGCUACAUAAGCAUUGGUACUUGUUUACCAUGCCAGACCUCUGCUGAUGCCUUUUUGUACUGAACUCCAUCACAGUACUUUAAAAUUAAAAAAAAAAUCUAUUUUUACAUUGAAACAGAAAAUGGACAACGGGUAAAAUGUUGAACUGCAUAAUUUAUUGUCUCUUUAAAGGGAAAUUCCACACACUUAAAGCACCUUAGCUUGCUGAAGUCCUUUGUGUGAAGAGUGUGUUACUUCGUAAAAUGGAAAACGAAAUGUGCAGAUUACAAUAAAAACUGCCACUUUUACAAAUAAACCUUAUUACACUCCAUCUAGCUGUCAGACAACCGAUUACUUCCUGGUUUGGUUAGACACAGUGGCACUAAACUCAAAAGGUAGCAAUUACCCAGAGUACCUGGAUAUAAACACAAUUUAAAAAAUCAUAAUGAAAGGACCACUAUAGUUUUAGAACUACAAACUUGUAUGGCUAACGCUCUAGUACUCCUAUUCCUAGAUAGAUUCAGGGCCUCCCCUCCCUCCUUUGCCAUGAAAAUAUUUCAAUACCUUUUGCUUACAUAUUCCUGCAGCAAGACUCCCUUGACGCUGCUCACAGGUCUAUCGUCUAUCACAGGUCCAGUCAAAUGCUCCUCAUUCAAUGUAUUUCUAUUAGUUACAACGUCACGUUACUGAUUUUUACUGUCAUUGUAGCAGAUGCAUCUCUAGUGGAUGUCAGUUGGACAGCCACUGGAGUGUUUUUAACCCUGCAAUGUUAUACAUUGCACGAAUAAAUUUAAAGGACCACUGCACCCAAGCCAAUUAACGGAGAUGAUGUGGUCUUUUCAUAAAUGUUUUCAUCAAUGGGUAUAUCUUAAAUUUUUCCAUUGGAGUGUUCCUUCAGUAAUGUAACUUUUUUUAAGUGCAAAUUUUUUAAUCCCCUUAAAGGACCACUAUAGUGUCAGGAACGCAAACUCGUCCUACUCCCGCCGGGCUGAAUGGAGAGGAAAGGGAUUAAACACUCACCUCCUCCUUUGGCCGUCCUAUUCGCUUACCAGGUCGCCAGAGAUUGUGGUGGGGGACUUACCUGGCAUCCCGGGGUGUCCCCCUGCUCCCGUUCCGGCCCUCCUGGGCCAUGUGAUCGCAAGGUCCGUCCUUGUGAGGACCUCAUUGUCACAUGAACGGCAUAGCUGUCCACAGCAAUGCCAGCAGGGGGAGUGCCUGUAAUAACAGGUACUCUCCCUUUUGCCUGAAAAUAUUUUAAAACCGUUUAAAAUAUAAUAUUAUAUAUACACGCACACGUAUUCCUGACCCUAUAGUGUUAAAACCACCAUCUAGCCUCCCUGGGCCACUCUUGUCUCCAUAAAUAUACCAAAGCUUACUGUAUUCAAGCCUGAAGCUGUAGAUCUGUAUGCUGUUUGCCUCAGAAAAACAAGCAGUCUGCUGACAUCAGAAGUGGUGGCCUGAUCCAAUCACAAUGCUUCCCCAUAGGAUGGGCUGAGACUGACAGAGGCAGAUCAGGGGCAGAGCCAGCACAAUUCAAACACAGCCUUGGCCAAUCAGCAUCUUCUCAUAGAGAUGAAUUGAAUCAACGAAUCUCUAUGAGGAAAGUUCAAUGUAUGCAGAGGGAGGAGACACUGAAUGUUUGGAUGCAUUUUAGGCAGUCAUGACCCAGGAAGAAUCUCUAACAGCCAUCUGAGGAGUGGCCAGUGAAGUUAUCACGAGGCUGUAAUGUAAACACUGCAUUUUCUCUGAAAAGACAGUGUUUACAGGAGAAAGCCUGAAGGUAAUGAUUCUACUCAUCAGAACAAAUUCAACUAGAAAAGCUACAAUUUCUGGGGAAAUUGUGUGAAGUGUUCUUGCCACCACCAGUAGUCUACAACUGGAGUGGGCGGAGUAACUGUUAUCAUUUACAUAGCACAUUUAAUUGCAACGUUGUUGCACAGUUACAUUAAACCAUACAUUUAUAAAAACAUUAGCAGGUGUUCAAAAGGCCCUGUCUAUGACAUCACUUGCUGCUGCAGCCUGACACAGGUCAGAGUAUUUUGGCGGUUGCCAUCUUCAAACGGUCGUAUUUUAAAAACUAUAAAUCCUACAGCGAAGAGCUUUAUAUUGUGAGAAUCACGAGACCCAGACCUACGUUUUGAUGCAUGUCUCUGAAGUAUUAAAAAUUAAGGCACAGUCGCAGUUUAGAAAUUGCACUUCAAAUUUGAGCUUUGUAGAGUGAAGUUUCAAUGAAUGUCAAUGGACGGCGUUAGAUGCAAACAAAUGAUUAUAUUGUGAAAACUAUCAGGACUAUGGCUUAGCCGUUGACCUGUUUAGUGGCAGCAGGGAUAGCUGAACGUGAUAUAAGAUUUGUGUAGGUGGGCCUGAAAAUAAGGGAGUGGUGGCAGUUUAGAAAUCAUGUCCUGAUUUUUCAGCUUUUGCCAGCUCCCACUCUAGCUUUGCCAUUCAUUCCUAUGGGACAAAUUUUGCCACAAGAACGACGAUAUUCCGUGAACCAUUCGGCGAAACGUUCCACAAAGUAAUAGCAAUCCGAUCGGGAACAAUCUGCACGUUUUGGUAAAUUUUUGUCUAUGUAGUGUAAAAACUGUGGGAGGAGUUAGGGUGGCAAAUUUGGCUAUAAUAAGAAUAAUAAUAUAUAUGUGAGAUAACAAUAAGUGUUCUUGCUAUGCAAGAACACUUAAUAAGAAUAAUAUAUAUAUGUGAGAUAACAAUAAGUGGUCUUGCUAUGCAAGAACACUUAAUGUUAUCUCACAUAUAUAUUAUUAUUAAGUGGUCUUGCUAUGCAAGAACACUUAAUAAUAUAUAUGUGAGCUAACAUUAAGUGGUCUUGCUAUGCAAGAACACUUAAUAAGCUGUAGUUGUUCUGGUGACUAUAGUGUCCCUUUAAAUUAUGCUUUAGACCUAAAUAUUUGAUGUUAAAUGAAAGCCCUGUUUCCCCUGAAUAAAAUGAUAGUGUGGGUGCACAUAAUAUGAAAGAGAUGAAUUACGCCUGAACAGACAUAUAGCGCAAAUUCAAGGUUUUGUUUUGAUCACAAUGUGUACAUUUGGCCCAGUCAUUAAGGGGUUAAACAUAUAUUUUGAUCAAAGUUAUCAGCAGUUUGCAGUGGUCUAAAUUUAAAAUGGUAUGUCCAUAGUCCAUCUUCCCUCUCCUCCCCUCCGGCAUGUAGGGGGUUAAAAACCCUUUGUUUACUCACCUCUGACAUUAUCAAAAGGAGGGGACCUAGUGCGCAUUAGGCCCUCCCAUUAGGAAAGCUAUUUUAUAUGGGGAUUUCACUGAAGCUAAAUGUCUUCAUGCUGGGUAUGAGGACGCCCAGCAUCAUUUAGACAGUCCAGAGUUUGGUAAAGUCCUGAAAGUGGACUAUAGGCAGUCUUAGUACUGCAAUGAAAACAUUGCAAUUUCUUCAAAACUGCAAUAUUUUACAUUGCAGGACUAAGGGAGACAGGAACAUUGCGAAGAAAUGAAGUUGUCUGGGUGUAUACAGUGUACCUUUUAAGGAAAAACUCCAGUAAAUGGUGACCAUGAUACAUGAACCUGCCAUUACCAACACCACACUUUGAUCCAGUGCUGCCAUGUCCUCACCAAAGCUCCUCCUGCUGUCUUCAUUUAUUUGCCCUGUGUGUGGGCCCUUUCACAAGCAGGGACUGACUUCAUUGCCAGCAACUGAACAGAGUGAUGUGAGUCACUCCAUGCCCAAUACUCCCUAGCCAGUGCUAGCAGUGUCUGCUAGGGUGUUGCCUAUCUAUGCUCAAAAUAUGCUACUGUGGGGGUGAAGUUCUUCCUGGCCAUGCAUGCAGAUGGAAUACACAACUCAUUUGACCAACUUCUUCUCAGAUCUAACCUAUGUGAAGUUACUCGCAUUAAUAGCACAACUGGUAAAAUAUACAAAAUAAGUUGGUAAGCUACCAGAAACCAGCUUGUAGUUACUUUCAGAUAUUUGCACAAAUUAAAAUGCUGCUUUGGUUGAACUUCAUAUUCUGUAAAUCCCACAUUGCUGGACUUUAUAGGCUAUACUCUGCAUUUACAUUGUAAUGUUAAGUAAAUGUAAUAGGGGAUGGGUUAGCUGAAACCUUUUCAGUUACUUUCUGGUGUAGAUAGAACUGAAAAUCCUAAAGCUUUAGUAUUUUGCAUUAUCUGUGUAUUCUAUAACCAACAUGGUGACACAACCUAGGCGGACACAUCCCUUUAAUGGAAAACUGCUUAACAGUUUAAAGGAAUGCCACUGGAUGUUUUUUUGUUUUUUGUUUGUUUUUUAACUAUAUAUUUUAUUUUAUAAUUUUUUACUUUUUUUUGAAAGGUAUAUGAAUAAACAGUUUGCAAAGCUUCAGACCUGCUGUUUUCAAUCUUUGCAAGCCUUCCCUUUUUUUUCCCUGUGUGUGAAUACUCCAGUUAGAGGGCUCUUGCUGAGAAACGUCUGUGCUGGAAACACGAAGAUGCUCACACUGGUUUCCUUUGCUUUUUCAAUUGGCUUAUUAAAAAGGAGAGAAGGCAGGCAAGCAAUAGCGAUCAUGCCUCCCAGUUCUGCUAGCUCUGGGAAUGUAACAUAAGAGAAAAAAAGCCUCCCUAGCUUUCUGAGAGCAAGGGGCGGUGUUUCUCCCUCCCAGUUGUAAAAGUGCUGAUUUCUGCACACAAAUAGCAGACUCCUGACAAAUGAAGCGCUGUGUGUACUGUUCCUUUAAAUGUAGCUAUGACUAGGACUACAAACUGGCUAAGGGGAAACACCUCCUUGAACACCUGGUCUUUCCUGCAACAGAAAUCCACACAUCUGCUACAAUGGGUGUGACAUAAACAAGCCACUCCCUCUCACCAUCCCAUAAUAGACCCCAGCAUGCACUCUGCUUUUACUUCCUCCUUUUGGUUGCUUGUUUGUUUUGUGUCUCUUGGAUUCUACGAAGUGCAGGAAAGUGAAAUGUAUUCCAAAUGUGGAUUAGGGCUAAUUGGCAUGUGUGCUAUCUAUGCUGGUAGCUUAAUGGUUCCCAGGAAAGGUAUGUGACCUACAUUAACCGUGUAAUGUUCCAUUAUUUGGCUUAUAUUUAGGCUUAAACUCUUCUUUAAAUACAUUACUUUUUUUUUUUUUUUUUUUUUUUUUGCUAUGUUAGGGGGAAAUGGUUCUCUUUUGAUGUUUAAUACAGUGGGGGGGGGGGAGAGAGAGAAUGUCCCCAUAUGUUUGAUGGGUAUUCAUAACAUACAGCAAUGUGUAUGUUAUGAAUUUGUAUAGCAUAAGUGCCACUUGUAAAACUGGACACUUGUGGAGUUAUUCUCUAAAACAGAUUUUUUGAAAUGAUGGUAAAUUUCAAAUUUUAGAUGAGUGCAACACUUAAAACCUAACUAAUUUUGGAAUAUUUUUUUUGUGUAUUUUUAUUUUUUCCAUGGUUUUUAAUUAAUUUUACACAUUAAAAUAAUUGUACAGCUAUUUGUAUUUUGACAGCACAUUUUGAAUUAAUGGCAUUUUACACUUAAGUUUAGUUUAACCCCUUAAGGGCACAUGACAUGUGACAUGUCAUGAUUGCCUUUUAUUCCUUAAGUUUGGUCCUUAAGGGGUUAAAGAUCCCAUUUAAGAAGCAGUUCUGUGCCUCGCCCUAAUGCCUCAUUUAGAUGCUGAUUUUCCCAUUUCUAGUUGUCCAUCCAUUGAGCAAGGACAUUGGGAAUUGCAAAGCUUUCAGUGUGUGUAUAAUUAGUGCACCUUGAAGUGGUGAUGAGUGCACUGACUGAUAACAUUUGUUGUGCAUUAUUUAUCUCCUUGUGCUUGGCAAGUCAAAUUUACCCAAGAAUAGUUAGUGCUACAUCUAAGCAGUGGUGGCACAUGUAAACCUUAGGAGACCUAUUUCUUCAGGUUAGAAUUGCAGCUUCAUGUAAAAUAUUAAAAUCACAAUUAUGAGUAGGUGUGUGUGUGUGUGUGUGUGUGUGUAUAUAUGUAUAUAAUAUCUCUAUCUUAAAGCGCACUGUAUUUAGGACUUUAGUUGAAACCCAAUAACUGUAUUUGGUUGCUAAUUUAUUUUGUAAUUUGCAAGUGAUUUUAAGCAUGUAUCUAUAGUUACAACUUAUUACUUUAGGCUGCAUUCUGAUUUCCAGAAUUUGAUUAAUCCCUAUUGGUACAUUUGCUACAAUUUAGUUUUGGCAUCUUCAUACAGAGAUGCUUUAACUGUGUGGGUCAUUUCAGUUUCAAAUUGGAUCCUUUAGCAGAUGACCGCAUAGACUUUAUUUGGUCCUUAACGACACCCUAAUUGAUUGCAUUACAUCCUGGGACAUGCUGAUAGUUUUCAGCGGCUGUUGAAGAACUUUAACCCCUUAAGGACCAAACUUCUGGAAUUAAAGGGAAUCAUGAAAUGUCAUGUGUCCUUAAGGGGUUAAAUAGACUAUAGAGCAUGUAACUAAACUUGGUCAAGUAAUUUCAUGUUCUGCAACCCCCCCUGUAAAACAUUAACUCACAAAAGGUUAAAUCUAUUAAUGCAGCUUGUGCAAUUGUAUUCAUUAUUUCUUGCAGAGAAUGGUGGCUGUUCCAUCUUCAGACUGAGUUUAUGAUUCUAAGGCAUAGGCCAGUGAUUGUUAACCUUGACACAUACAUUGUUUCUGGACUACAUUUCCCAUGAUGCUCAGCUAGCUUUUAAGUCCAGAGCAUCAUGGGAAAUGUAGUCCAGAAACAAUUUUUGGUGUCAAGGUUAGCCAUCACUGGCAUAGGCAAAUAAUUGACCUGAUCGGUGUCUUUAGGUGUUUUUGCACAUUACACAAGCAAACACUCUAUAUUAAAAAGUAAAGGUUUAGCCUUUAAAGUGGCACGGUCUCCCACCCAUAGAUGUUGUUGAAACAAUCUUCCCAACAGACUGUUUUCAGCUAAGCUUGUUUAGCUGUAAUUACCACUAAGUGGAUGUGGCACAGAGUUUUUCAGGGAUUCAAAGGGACAUGCUUAAGGGCAAAACAGCCAUAGUGUAGAGAAAAAACCUAGUUGGGCUGGCCUGACUAGAGACAUCAGGACUGUAGCGUUUGGGAUAUAUAUACCUAAAUGUAUCCCUUAUUUCAGGUGUGGGCGUAUGCAACAGAAAGUUUACAACAUAAUGCUGGUUGUAGUCACAUGUCUUUCAUCCUGUAAAAGAGGGAUACAAAUUCAGGGUUUAAUACAGUGCGAUUUGUCAGGAAUCCCAAGCAAACUUAACAUUUUAAGGCCAAGUACCUGUACUUGAAGCAUAUUCUGACAAUGAGAAUAUUUUCAAAUUGGCUACUUUGGCCUUAGGAAUUCAAAGUGAAUUUGAAGUCUAACAGUUCACACUAUACUGAAUAACCCAAAUUGUGUGUUUGCAUCAAGAGCCAUAGACUACAUAAAGUGGUGAAGGACUUUAGUGAUAUUUACCAGCAAAGCUUUCAUCUGUUCAUGUAAUAUAAACAAGACAAAUAUUCCAGUUUACAUAGCAUUAGAUAUUUUACAUAUCAUUAAAUAACACUGUAGCUCUGUCCCCAAUAUAAUGUAUGUACCAAAACCACAAUUUUACUGCUGUGGAUGUUCAGGUGUAAAAUAGCCACUUUCUCCAUACAAGAGUGUGUGCGUCCAUUAAACAGGCUCUCAAUGGCAAAUGUAACUAAUUAGAAGAAAACAGCUUUUGUAGUGCUAGGGUAGGUGCCGCUAAUAUGCAGAAAAAUCAUGUCUUUGUGCAGAUCCAGACAUGUAAAUGUGUGUGUGUGUAUUAGGGAUCGACCGAUAUUGAUUUAAAAAAUAAAAUUUAGAACCAAUAAUCUGUGAAUUUUCAGGCCGAUAGUUUACCGAUAAUCUGUACAUUUACCGUUUUUGAGAAUAGUUUUGCUAAUUUUUUUAAGUGAUAAAUGCACAAAAUAUACAUUCCAGUCAGUGUUUGUUUUUUUUUUUCAAUAAUAUUUGUGUGUUUUGUAGGUACUACCACAUUCACCUUAAUGUUCCUCUCACUUAUCUUUAAGUGGCCUCGCCCCACCCCAGUGGGAUUUUUUUUUUUUUCUUUUUCUCUUCCUCCUUCAGAGUACCCUAGUGCAGGGAAGGGCUCUCUUAGUGAGCACUUCCUUUCAGUCCGGCUGGUUACAGGAAACAUAAGUUCCUGUACCGCGUUGCACACUGCGCCGCUCAGCCACGCUACACAGAUUGCCUGGUAGGAGGGAGCGCUGUGCACCCACUACUGCUGUACACGCCAAUCCAGCGACGCGCCGGCCCACCUCAUUAUCGGUGAAUAUCGGCAAAACCGAUAAUCUGUAGAUCCCUAGUGACACUUGCAGAAACAUCUAAUAUUUUUCUGUUCUUUGUAAAUUAACUAUUUUCUUAAACAUUACACAUUUUUAAAAUGAGAACUUUAUAUUCAAUAUGUGCAUUAACCAUCAAAAUAUCUUAUUUUUCUUUUGUAAAUUUUGACAUGUAUGUGAGCUUUGAUCCAUGAUAUUUUAUUUAACAGGUUACAGCUCUGUAGUAGCGGAGAAUUCUGCAGACUCUACUCUAAGUAAUAACAGUCAGGUGCAAUUAAGCCAAUCUGUGAUUCACAAUCCACCGACUAGCACUGCGUGAGUAUGCAAUCUUUCUUUUACAUACAGAAAUGCCAUCCAUAAUGUAUAGCCUAGACUCCGUAAAGACUGCGCAAGCUUUAAUCUUGGUUGUUGAUGCUAUGAUCCUCACUAUUAGUGCUGUUACAUGUUAAUUCGUUUAUAAAUUAACAAAAUGUCCACUUUUAGAAAGAUGUUUUAGCACAAUUUGAUAAAACCUAGUUCUUUCACACACCUUGCAUGUAAUGAUGUUCAGGGCUUUCAAGUCCUAUGAUGCUAGCCAGUGGGAAGCUGACAAUUUUAACCCCGAAUUUUUUCUUUAAUGUAGUAAAAAAAGAGGUUGUUGCCUACCAUAUAGUUUUGAGCUUUUAUUGUGAAGUUUAUUUAUUUUAUUUCUCACAUAGGAAAGAGAUCAGCAGUAACUCUCAACCGCCGAGCAACAUUAGUACCAACACUGGACCCAGUUUAUUAUUGCCCUUAAAUGUAAAUCCACCUAGUUCACCAACACCAAGCAGCUUUAUUGAGCCAAAACCUAGUCAGCCUCUUCUAAAUGGGCCACCACAGUUCAACUCUACACCAGAGAUCAAGGUAGGUUGAGGGUUUUAAACAUCUUUUUUUGUGUGGUUUGUUUAACUUUUAUUUUGUGUCGGUGUGUAAGCUUUUAGCUCGAAUAUCCAUUGCAAACCAGACUGGCCAUUGAAACUAGUUAGCUGUUCAAGAGUUGAUUUGUCCAUUUCAGACAUUUAUUUGACACUUUUUUUUUUUUUUUUUAAAGCAUGUUUCAUGAGUUCAGGUAUUAAGCAGAAGCUUGGACACACUGCAUUGAACAAAAGCCCUGCUGAAAAUUAAGCUCUGUUACAUAUAAUUGUUCUAAGGAAUCUUGUGAAACUUGGGAUUUCUUGGCUGAAGCAUGACCAGUAGUAGUAGUAGGAUAUUGCAGAAAUGGCAAUAUGGACCCCACUUCAAUGGUUCAUAUGGAAGCCUGGAAGAACCGUAUAUUGAGUCCUUUAUCUCAGUUUACUGUAGAUAAGACAAAUCAGGCGAGCCCAGGCAGUGUAAAUUCUCUAUUUAAGGGGCUGUGAAAUUAAAUACUGUUUAAUUUCUGGACAUCUCAAAAUAAUGUACCUGUUGUACUUCAUCUUAUUCGGUCUCCCCUCCCUCUCCCUUUCUUCAUUAAAAAAGCAAAGGUGAUUCAGACUUUAGUAGCUUGUGGAUAAUUUAAACCCCAUCAAAAUUGUAUUGUAAUGGUAAAACUGUCGUUUGCAUAUUAAAGUGGUACUGUUACUCUUGAGUUUUCCCUAAUGCUAGAAUCCAAGUAAUGUUGGGCUAGAUAAGAUAUAUAAUUUUUGGUCCUGCAUAACAUUCUUCAUGAUUCAGGGCAGCACUUUUCGAAUGCCACCUUUUAACAUGAUGUGUGCAGUGAGAUUUGUCAGGUAUUCAAAGUGAAUUUCACAUUUAAGUCUCAAAAAUCUCCAAGUCUGUAUUGUUUCCAGGAUGUUUGCCUUAAAUUGGAAAUUCACUUCGAAUUCCUGACCAUUCCCACUUUAAUCUCUAAACCGAACCGUGUUAACACUAAUGUAUGCCAUAUUAAUAACAGUUCAGAUGUGCAUUUCCUAGCAAUGCAUGUAGCAUUGUGUAUAGAUGAAAUGUUGGGAGUGGGGGUUGUUUUGUGUUUUUGGCCCAAGCCAUAUUCAUUACAGGUGUAAUACAUCUAAAUUUAUAAUUUAUUUACUUAUUUUUUUAGGCACCGGAGCCCCUUAGCACAUUAAAAUCUAUGGCAGAACGAGCAGCAAUUGGGCCCAACUUAGAAGACCCAGUUCCUACUAUCCACCUGGCUGACAGAGGUAUGCAUUCUUACAUCAUUUUAUGUGGUAAUUUAAGUUGCAGAAAUGGUUUUUAAAGGUACACUCUACAGUCAAAAUACAAAAUUCUGUUUAAGUAGAUUCCCCCCAAUGAAACCAUGCAUGUGUAUAUUCUUUUUUUCUUUAUUUUUUUUUUAAUUUUAUUUUUUGCAAAAGCUGCAGGCUGCUGCUUUCCUUUUCUUUUGCACCCCCAGACUUUCUGUGGCUAUCCAUUCUUCACAAUGUAGCUUAACGAGAAGCCUUUGCUCGGAAAAAUUGCAUGCAUCUUAAGUUCCACAAAGCUAAAGAUCAGUACCAAUCUCUGCUAAAAUCCCUGAUUGUGUAUUUUUUAUUUUAUUGGUGGUGACACACACUUUUCAAUCCUAAAUCACUUGAGCAAGCUGAAGUGCUUUGUGUGGUUUGUUCUUUAAAGGAUUUUGUAUUUCACCUCUUGAAAUAGAAGUGGCACACUUGUGUUUGUAAUAGCAAUGCCAAGUAAUUUACAUUGUGCUUGCGAAUAUGUAAAAUUGGUCUUUUAGAUCUUCUAUUUGAAAGAGAUCAAGACCUUAAAGUUACUCUCCAGUGCCAGGAAAACAAAUCAGUUUUCCUGGCACUGUAGUGCCCACUCCCACAUUUCGUGUGUGGAUAUCUUUGUACAUGUGCCGUUCUUGCCACUAAUAAUGUGUAUCCAUUUUUAUUUUACUUUUUUAAUGUGAAGUGGCCUUUCAGUUUCAUGCAAUUCAGAAUAAUAAUCAUUGGCAUGUGCGUGGGAUUUUCCUUAAGAUAGCCAUAGGAGGGUAGAUUUGACGUGGGGGCAAAAGGCAUGACAACCGCAGCAGUGUUGUUGGUGUAAUCUAUUUACUUCUGAUUUGAGAUUGCUUACUGUACUAGAUUCCACUAGCUUGCCCAUAAAGCAGAUUGUCUGCAUUUAUAACUUCCUUUUGAUGAGUUGCCUUCUGUUAUGUAUUUCUUUUACAGAUAUACUUAUCACUACAAGUACAACUCAACCUCCAGUAACUCAGCCCCCAACGCAGCAUUCAGAAGUUAACAUCCCACUAUCUCUGGGGGUCUGUCCUUUGGGUCCUGUUGCACUCACUACAGAUCAGCUGUAUCAACAAGCAAUGGAAGACGCAGCUUGGCAUCAUAUGCCUCAUCCGUCUGACUCAGAAAGGAUACGGUAUGCAUCUAUAUCUCUGUAUCUUAUGUAUUAUGAUGUUAAACAUAGGGCGCCCAGGCUUGUCAAGUUGCUUAUGGAGUAUUAGUACACCUACUGCUCAGAAUUAUGGUGACCUAUGGAGGUGUAUACUUACAACUGUUGGAAGGGUGUCCAGUCUUUCCCUUAAAGGGACACUAUAGUCACCUGAACAACUUUAGCUUAAUGAAGCAGUUUUGGUGUAUAGAACAUGCUCCUGCAGCCUCACUGCUUAAUCCUCUGCCAUUUAGGAGUUAAAUCCCUUUGUUUAUGAACCCUAGUCACACCUCCCUGCAUGUGACUUGCACAGCCUUCCAUAAACACUUCCUGUACAGAGAGCCCUAUUUAGGCUUUCUUUAUUGCAAGUUCUGUUUAAUUAAGAUUUUCUUAUCCCCUGCUAUGUUAAUAGCUUGCUAGACUCUGCAAGAGCCUCCUGUAUGUGAUUAAAGUUCAAUUUAGAGAUUGAGAUACAAUUAUUUAAGGUAAAUUACAUCUGUUUGAAAGUGAAACCAGUUUCUUUUUUUCAUGCAGGCUCUGUCAAUCAUAGCCAGGGGAGGUGUGGCUAAGGCUGCAUAAACAGAAACUAUGUGAUUUAACUCCUAAAUGAGUGAAUUGAGCAGUGAAAUUGCAGGGGAAUGAUAUAUACACUAAAACUGCUUUAUAUAGCUAAAGUAAUUUAGGUGACUAUAGUGUUCCUUUAAGGACCAAACUUCUGGAAUAAAAGGGAAUCAUGACACACAUGUCAUGUGUCCUUAAGGGUUAAGUGACUGGACUACUGGGGUCUCUAACUCUGGACCUUUUAAUUGUUGGACUCCCUUUCUAAGAACUGUCUGCUUACAAAUGGCAAUAUUGGAACAGUCCUUGUAUAAAGGUCUAAUCUAAGCCAAGAAAGUUAAACUACAGCUUAAUUAAUACUUUGCAACCGUAUUAAGACAGUUCUAUUCCCAUAAGUAGGUUAUUAUUUAAAAUCUGGUAUCACAAAUAUUGACAGAUUAUGUGUACAUAAUCCUAAGCAAGGAGUGAAGAAGGCCCUGAUGCUUAUAUUGAUCUCAAAAGUAGUUCCUUAAAAUGUGAAUACAAGUUAAUUGAAUAAAUUCAGUGUUUCAAUAAUUGUUUUGGAAAUAAAUCCCAUUUAAAAAAAUUUAAUGCAUGUCUUUCGACAGACAAUACCUCCCGCGGAAUCCGUGUCCGACACCCCCAUAUCAUCACCAGAUGCCACCUCCUCAUUCUGACACCGUCGAAUUCUAUCAACGGCUGUCCACAGAGACUCUUUUCUUUAUUUUCUACUAUCUGGAGGUAUGCUGCAUCAGGUUUCAGGUAGAUUGUAGAAACCGUACUCGUGGUAUGCUGCAUGGUACAGUUAAUGUGCAUUUAAUGCAGAUUCAAAAUAGCCCUUGCAUGUGACUUGUGACCAAGGCAGGAAACUGUAGGAACAUGUCAGCACUAAUUGCCCAGUGCGUCCAAAGUGUUCUGUGAUUUGAUCUCCAGCACACCUCACCACAGUAAAUACCGGUCUAAGAGGGACAAUCUACAUCAUAAAAUGACCGCUUUGCUAUGAAAUUAGAUUGCCCUUACACAUCUUAACAUCACAAUCGUGGAAUUUAAAAUGGAAGGGAUAGGACCAAACAAAAUGUAUACUUGCUUGUCUGCCUUAUGCAAAACAUUCACUCUAGUUUGCCUAACAUUUCCAAGAGUUGUAGAAACAAAAUUAAAAUUCUGUUUACAGCCUGCUUUAGUGGUCAUAGUGCUAGAAGUGAUCUGGCACCAUCCUAUGCUGUGUUGUCAAAUUGUUUUAGUAUGGUUUGACCCCUUAACCUUGGUCUUGUCAGGAGCCUGCUUUCCUUCCGGUCUUCUCCAGUAGGAGUGUCUAGUUUGCUCAAUAUAGCAAAGUAGGACCAUGCUCAUUAAUUUAGGGCAGCAGCUAAGGGCUCUUAACCAAUGUAUUUGGUCCUGCAUUGGUUGUGCUUUUUUUAAAGACCUCCAGCUUCUCCUUUAUGAGAAGAAUGGAUGCAGCGUGGGGACCCAGGUAAGUUGUCAAACAGUACUAAAAGUUAUUUGACUACUUAGCAUGGGUCAAUGCUAGAGCUUUCCUGGCAUCAUAGCGGAUUUGUUGCGACUCGUGUGUUUUUUUUUUUUUUUUUCUUAAACACUUAAAGAAAUCAUUUGUCUGUUUGCAGGGCACUAAAGCACAGUAUUUAGCAGCCAAAGCGCUGAAGAAACAGUCCUGGAGGUUUCACACCAAAUACAUGAUGUGGUUUCAGAGACAUGAAGAGCCCAAGACAAUAACAGAUGAAUUUGAACAGGUUUGUGGUUACUUGGUACUCAUCCCACCAGCAGAACUCAUUAAUGAUCAGAUACAGACUAGGUCUUUUCUCACGUCACAGAAGUAGAAACCAAAAUAUGAAAGCUUAUAUUCAAUGUGUAAUUGGACUCCACUUCCUGUGAUGUGAAGAGCAGUAAAUCACCUGCACUCUCCUUUGCUUCACAUUGCCCUGUAAGGACAACCUUGCCUUGCAAAAGUUAUGUAAAUUAGGCUAACAAGUGUUGUCUAUAGUGUCCCUUUAAAGUAGACUAGUCACCAGAACAACUACAGCUUAAUGUAAUAAGCUAUAAUGGUUCCCUUCAGGCUAUUUUUUUUUUUUUUUUCUUUUUCAUGCAAACAUUGCCUUUUCAGAGAAAAGGCAGUGUGUACAUUGCCUUUAGGGACACUUCCAAGUGGCCACUCGUAAGAUGGAUACUGGAGGUGCUGCUGGGGGAAAAAAAGCCCUGAUGUACAGCGUCCCCACGCUCUGCAUGGAGAAGCUGAAUUUUCCUCAGAGAUGAAUUGAUUCAAUGCAUCUUUAUGAGGAGGACUUGAUUGGCUAAAACAGCAUUUAACCCUGUUGUGUGCCAAUUUUAGCCAAUCCAAUGCUUUUCCCUUUUGGAAAGUAUUGGAUUGGCUAAAAAUCUGCCAUUUUGAUGUCACAAAGGGGGUGGAGCCAGCGCCGGCUGACCGCAUGGCUCUGGGAAAUAAGGUGCGCGGAGUGUUUUUUUUUUCUUUUUUGUUUAACUUUUUAUAGGGGGUCUGAGGGAGCAAGCCACCAAAAUGGUGGGUUUAGCACUAUAGGGUCAGGACAGGAAUACAUGUUUGUUUUCCUUUAAAAUCUCUGCAAAUCAUUUACACUAUAAUUGGUGAUCUUAAUGGGGAAGAGAUGACUUCUAUAUAUAAGCCUUUGUUUGUACUCUUCAUCAUGUGUACAGAGGGGAGAAAAUGUAAUCUAAAACAGCAUUUCCAUUGCAUUUAUUACUCUCUAGAAAUAGGAUUGUAUUGUCUUUGUUUUUUAGUUAUUUAACAUAAUGGGACUUUUUCCCCCUUCUUCCUGCAGGGCACAUACAUUUACUUUGACUAUGAAAAAUGGGGCCAGCGGAAAAAAGAAGGAUUCACAUUUGAAUAUCGUUACCUGGAGGAUCGUGACUUACAGUGA